GGGUCGUGGCUUCCGAACCACUCCAUAUAAACGAAGACGUACGUGGUACAUACUGGAUCAGGGAUUCUCAUACCGAGGGGACAAAAUGGGCAUGUGGAUUAUUUUUGCCUCUGUAAUAUUAGGCCUUCAGAGUGUGUCUAGCCAGAGCACAAUAAGAUGGUGCACAAUUUCCACCCAAGAGCUGAAGAAAUGUAAAGCCAUGGCUGAGUCCUUCAACAAUGCAGCAAUCCGUCCCACGAUACAGUGUGUCAGUGAUGAGUCUGUCGAAGGAUGUAUGCGGAAGAUUGAAGAAAAAGAAGUUGAUGCCUUUUCAACAAGCGCUAAGGAUAUCUAUACCUUCAUGAAAGGAACUAACUUUAAAAUGGCUGCCACUGAAUCCAGUGAAGAGAGUGAUGGCACAACCUACUAUGCUGUGGCUGUGGUGAAAAAGAACACAGGCAUCAACAUUAACCAGUUGAAGGGCAGGAAGUCGUGUCACACAGGGAAGGGUCGUACAGCCGGCUGGCAGAUGCCUCUAGGAUACCUCGUCGACCAGAGCAAAAUGUCCAUCAUGGGCUGCCAAAUACCACAAGGGGUGGCCGAUUUCUUCAAUGCCAGCUGUAUUCCUGGGUCAAAAGGGGACUCUCCCUCCCUCUGCAGCCUCUGUAAAGGCAACAAAGAUGGGCAGUUUAAAUGUGACCCGACUGAAAACGAGCAAUACUAUAGUUACAACGGUGCCUUCAGGUGUUUGGCUGAAGGUGCAGGAGAGGUGGCCUUCAUAAAGCACACCACUGUUAGGGAGAACACAGACGGAAACGGAGAUCUGACGUGGACCGCUGGGCUGAAGUCUUCGGACUACGAACUGCUGUGUAGGGAUGGUACCAGGGCCCCAGUGACAGAACACCGCCGGUGCCACCUGGUCCGAGUACCAGGCAGAGGCAUUUUGGUCCAGUCUGACAUCAGUGGCAUGGUGGUCCACACUAUGCUGACAGAGGGACUGAGGAAGUCGGGUUUUAACAUGUUUUCAUCGUCUGCGUUUUCUGGCACAAACUUGCUAUUCAGUGAUUCGUCCACACAGUUCCUCUUGGCAGAGUCUAAUGAGCCUAUGUUGUGGAUGGGUCCAGUCUACCACAACGCCCUCAGAGCUCUGGACUGUACCCCAAAUGAGAUCCCCAAGUUACGUUGGUGUGUGUUAUCUGAGGGUGAGCAGGACAAAUGUGUGGACAUGGCUGAGGCUUUCAAUUCCCGGUCUCUGGUCCCCAGUAUCCAGUGUUUGAUGGGAAUUUCAGUGGAGGAUUGCAUGAAAAAGAUUCAGAAUAAAGAGGCAGACGCCAUCACCCUGGAUGGAGGCUACAUCUAUACAGCAGGGAAGACCUAUGGAUUGGUGCCUGCUGCCGGGGAGAGCUACACAGGGGACAGCGAUGGCAGUACCUACUACGCGGUAGCGGUUGUGAAGAAGUCAAACCGGGACAUCAACAAACUGGAGGACCUGAGAGGAAAGAGCUCCUGUCACACUGGCUAUGGUCGCACGGCCGGCUGGAACGUACCCAUGGGUCUGCUUAUAGAGAAGGGCCUCAUCAGGCCCCAAGAGUGUCAGAUACCCCAAGCCGCAGGAGGGUUCUUCAAGAGCAGCUGUGUGCCCGGCGCUAAUCUGCCCGGUCUCCCUAGCAACCUGUGUGGCCUAUGUGUUGGGGACGCCAGAGGGCAGAACAAGUGUGAGAAAAACAAGGACUUGUACGACGGAUAUGAUGGAGCUUUCAGGUGUUUGGCAUCCGGAGCUGGAGAGGUGGCUUUCAUCAAACACUCUACAGUGUUCCAGAACACUGAUGGGAACUCGACUGAGUCCUGGGCUAUUGACCUGAAGUCUAAGGACUUCCAGCUCCUGUGUCCCCAGGGCUCCCGGGCAGAGGUGACCCAGUUCCUCCACUGUAACCUGGCCCGGGUCCCUUCUCAUGCUGUCAUGGUUCGGCCUGAUACCAACAUUUACGCCAUCUAUGGCCUGCUGGACAAAGCACAGGUCCACUUCAGUAAAGACACAGGUUCAGAGUUCAAAAUGUUUGACUCGUCCAAGUACCAGGGAUCUGACCUCAUCUUCAAAGACUCUACAGUCAGUAUAAUUGGAGUGGCUGAUAGGAAGACCUUUGACCAGUGGCUGGGACAGGGCUACAUGGACUCACUCACCAACAUGGAAUGCAACUCCUCUGCUAAAGAUUUGUCAUCCGUUUCCCUGCUCCUCGUGGCUCUGCUGAGCUCCAUCUUCCUCCAGGCGUAAGACAUUAGUCCUUUCCCAAACCUUGUCUUUGCUUCACCGUCAGCCCCAGUCCCACCGUGAACAUGUCAACCCUAUAGGCCCUGUUCCAGUAGCAACCCAAAACUCCCACCCUGAAUAUUCCAGCCCCAGUCAUAAUCCCAGCUACCAGUACCUUACUCCCUUUGUAGUGAAUGUCUCUCUUCUGCCAAAGCACCAGCAAUAACCCUGCACGUUACCACCAAAUGAACCACGUGGCUUUACUGUCGUGUUAGUCUGCAUCCCUUUAUCUAGAUCUAAUUCAUGUCUUAAGGGAGUCUACUCAUCACUUGCACUGUCUUCAAAUUGUUUAGCCUUCACAUUACAUAUACAUAUAGGGUCGGCUUCGCAGACACAGAUUAAGCCUAGUCAAGGACAACAAAAAAAAUCUAGUUCCAUAGAAAACUCUAUUGAGCUUGUUUAUUUUUGUCCUAGACUAGGCUUAAUAAAGGCCCAUAAAGAUUACAUUACUGAAAAGAUUACACUUAUUGUGUAAGCAUCUAAAACCUGCUCAAGCCUGGAAUAAAAUAGGAAAUAUUUUACAGGACUAUUGUACACUUUUUAUGCCAGGAACAUCAACAUUGCUUUCUAUGUUUUGACUUCCUGAAUGGUUCAGUCUCGGUAUGGCGUUGAUAAACAAUUCACAGCCAAAUUCAGAAAUUCAGCAGUUUGAUUAAAAAACAAUGGAUAUACUAUGUGUCACAUAAUGAUUUCCAAAGAAAGAGCAUUAUUCCAAAUAAUUCACAGAUGUAGUGCUGUUGACACCAGGCAAUACCUCUGGGGUGUGAAAACAAACAUACAAUACAUUCAUGUUUUCCUUAGUAAUGUAGAGGUUAUUUUUCAAUGUUUUGUUUCACUUUGAAAAUGUGAAGUGUAGAUCUCAUCUUCAUUUGUUUAUCCGGUAUUGGGUCGCGGGGACAGCAGCUCCAGCAGGGGACCCCAAAACUUCCCUUUCCCGAGCCACAUAAGUGUAGGAAUAAAUCCAAAACAAUCCCUUUUAAAAUCCCUUUUAAGUUAGCUGUUAUAACAGUGCAGGUAAUGUGUAGGCCUUCACUAGGGGUUGUACUUUACUAUGAAGUGUUUGUAUCUUUGAUUGCUUUAUACUGUGUGAUGGCAAUUUCUAAAAUCCAAAUAGUUCUAUGAAAAUGGUAGGUAAGACAGGAGAAAUCAAUUGCGCAAU